ACCUAUUCCAUUUCCAUCCAGCAAAACAUAGCACAAGAGAUAUUUUUUCUUCUUUCUUUAAAUUACAUUAAAUCCCAAUAAUUUCUCAUUAUCUCUCUUUAAUCAUUCUCUUUCCUACAAUCAUCAAUCAUCAUCCACUUCACCAGCAUUUGCUCGCUGCAAAAAGUACCCAAUCCCACGUCCUUUUUUCUUUUUUCCUUUCUCUUUUAGUUUUCUUUUACUUCGUUGCCCUUUUUUGGUCCAUAAAUCCCCAGAAGACCCUUUUGACUCUUUAACUCUCAUUCCUUAUUUGGUUUCUCUUGUUUUUUGUUUCUUCUUAUUUCAUAGAUCCAGGGACUUCUUCUUCUGUCAAGUUAAUAUUGGCAAAUACAAGAGAGGAAAUUGAAUUAAAGCGGUUCAGUUGAAUUAUAUAAAGAACAUUACCGUUAGAUCUAAACCAUAUUCUAGCCAUGUCUUUUAUUGGUACCCAGCAGAAAUGCAAGGCUUGUGAGAAGACUGUUUAUCCGGUGGAACUUUUGUCUGCAGAUGGGGUGCCUUACCAUAAGUCUUGCUUCAAGUGCAGUCAUUGCAAAGGGACGCUAAAGUUGGGUAACUACUCCUCAAUGGAAGGUGUCCUCUAUUGCAAGCCUCAUUUUGAGCAACUCUUCAAGGAGACGGGUAACUUCAACAAGAACUUCCAGUCACCUGCAAAGUCAGCUGAGAAGUUAACUCCUGAGCUGACAAGAUCACCUAGCAAAGCUGCCAGCAUGUUUUCAGGAACACAAGAAAAAUGUGCUACAUGCGGUAAAACUGCUUAUCCACUUGAGAAGGUAACAGUGGAAGGACAGUCUUACCACAAGUCAUGUUUCAAGUGCUCUCAUGGUGGCUGCCCUAUAAGCCCAUCAAAUUACGCUGCCCUUGAGGGCAUUUUGUAUUGCAAACAUCACUUCUCCCAACUUUUCAAGGAGAAAGGAAGCUACAACCACCUUAUCAAGUCUGCAUCAGUUAAGCGUGCGGCUGCCUCUGUUCCUGAAGCUUAAAUACAUUAGUAUCCAUAGUGUUUUCAUGUUUUUCUUCUUUUCUUGUGCUUGCCGGUGUGUUUGAUUCAUGUUUACGGGAGAACUGAAAAAAAAAAAAUACUCAGGUUCCUCCAUGUUUCACUUUCGCACAUUCAUCUGCGAAUAUUUAUGAUAUUUGAUUGAUCUAUGGGAUUGGGAUAUGCAUUCCCGAAGUAGAUGUUGUUUAGUACCUUUGAUGUUUUCCUUGUUUUUGUUUUGCAGAUAAAUCUAUAAAGUUGCCCUCAUUUUCCAAAGAAAAUUACCGCUUAAAAAUAUAUGUUCAAAAUGUUGCAAUCCUCUAGUGGUAGUAUCCAUGAAUAAACACAUGUUUUUAGUCAAAUAUUGUGUUUACUAUAGAUUUGCAAAGGACUAAGAAAUGCUCCUCUAUCAAUCUUUAAACUUUACCUUUCAAGUUUGAAUCUAAGACCGUUAAACAUUAGGUGGAGGCAAAACGAAGCUGGAGAAGACUGAAAUUGAUGAUGAAAGCGAAACAAAGGUUGAGACCAAGCCUAAGCCGGGUAUCAAGCCGAAAGAGGUUAUAGAAAUUGAUGAAGCAAAUGCUGAAAAUAACUUCGGAAAGUCCUUUCAAAUCGAAACAAAGGGAGCCCAAGCCUUAGUGGGAAGCUAAGACAAAGGUUGAAAUCAUGGAUAUUUAAUUUAGGAUGUUAAGAUGUUAGGAAAUGCCUGGAAAUCUAAGGUUAACAACACUGGUGACUAGUGAUGACAUCUAUGGAAUCUUUAACUUAACACAAAUUGCCGACAGAAGCUUUUUCAUAGUUUGUAAAUGGUAAGAAAAAAAAUUAUGGAUUCUUAUCAUUCUCACAAUGUCGCAUAAACCUAUAAUGGUGAAAGGUUCAUCAUGAACAUUUGCUGAGAAAAUAAUGCAGCCAAGAAAAAUUCAAGGUGUUGAUCACAUCAUCAUACAUCCAUACUUACCGGCAUGAAAAAAUAAAUUAAAAAAAAAAA